AUGAAGGACCUGAGUCCUCGAGAACAGUCGCUGGUGGAACUGCAACCAAAAAUUAACUCAAAGCCACCCUGGAAUCAAAGUGGUGUAUACCUAGGUGCUCCCCAGGAGGCUUGGCAUUCGCGACGACACGCUCCGCGUCCGAGUAAAGCAAAGCUACAGUGGAAUCUACUCCAGAACCCAGAGCUGACGACCCUGAAACCAUCGGUCCCAGAAUCGACGAGUCGGGAACCGAGGGCACGGAAGACGAACCGACAGUCUUCCCCAGAAGCCCCGAUCUCCAGGACUCUGAAGAGGACCCCCGAAGACGAUCGCAGAGAACGAUGGAGGAAGAUCUGCUCCCACCAGUCACACGACCCGGGACUAGAACCCCUAGUAAGUUUCCUCCGAGGCGAGACAGAACAGCUGUCCCUGAGGCAGACAACACACUUGGCCAAGAUAGCGGACCAGUUUGUCCUGGACUCCCGGGACGCGUGGUUCUAUGUGAGUCGAAACACUUCAGAACGUCCCCGGGACGCUGCUGAUCGUCUCCGCCUGGUAGUUCUCCAGGACCUCCAUGGGGAUACCCUUCACUACUGUCACGCGGACCUCCAACGGUAUCAUCCGGACUUACAAAGAUUGCGCAAAGAAUUUUAUUGGAUUGGGAUGUUCAAGGGCGCUGAACGAUACGUCAAAGAGUGCGUGGGUUGCGUUACGGCUAAGGGGUUACCCCGGAACCCCGGUUCGUCACCCAGCAAUUUGCUGGCUACGCGACCAUUCCAAGUCGUCUCGAUGGACUUUGUUAUACCGUUGCCUCAGUCAGCCCGGGGGAACACAGCACUACUCCCGCUCCAGUGCGCGUUCUCAGGUUUCAUCAUGUGUAAAGCCAUGGCGAGCACUGAAGCCCAAGAUGUGGCUGAAGCCUAG